AUGGCGGACAGUCUUUUCUGGCGAGUGUUUAUAUACGGUGUUUGGGGUUUAGUGUUACUGGCCAUAUGUGUUCCACAAUUUUCUGAUGGGUUGAGAUGCUAUUGUGAUCACUGUGAAGAUCUCAACAAUACAUGUAUAGCCAAGCCAAACACCAAGUGUUUUGUCGCAUUGAGAGUGUCAGUGGAAGAGGAUGGAGAGAAAUACGAGAUUAUGUCCUAUGGCUGUCUGCCUCCAGAGAAGGUCACCAUGGACCAGUGUAAAGGCAACCUAGUGCCACAUGAAGUAACUAAAGUGGUGGAAUGCUGUGACUCACAUGACCAGUGUAAUCUCCAUCUCAACAUCACUUACAUGGAAACCAUACCUCUGGAAGAGGAGAGCGCAGAUAAAAGAGAAGGAGAUAUCACUCAUCUAGCUCUACUGAUAUCUGUGUCCGUGUGUCUCAUCAUAUUGAUAGUCACUAUCACAACUCUCUACAUCAGACAUCGACGACGUGAGGAAUUCCCUGAGCCAUUCCUUAAGGAGGAACAUGACCAGAGUGAGUCAUUUAUGGCUCAUGGUGACUCCCUCAGAGGACUUAUAGAACACACAUCUGGAAGUGGGUCAGGAUUACCUUUCCUGAUUCAGAGGACUAUUGCCAGACAGAUAGCUCUGAGUAAAAGCAUAGGUAAAGGAAGGUAUGGGGAGGUAUGGAAGGGGAAGUGGCGAGAGGAAAAUGUUGCUGUCAAGAUCUUCUUCACCACUGAGGAGGCCAGCUGGUUCAGGGAAACAGAGCUCUAUCAAACUGUGCUUUUGCGUCAUGACAACAUUCUUGGUUUUAUUGCGGCAGACAUUAAGGGCACAGGGUCCUGGACCCAACUUUUCCUCAUUACUGACUACCAUGCCCAUGGUGCCCUGUAUGACUACUUGAAGAUACACAUUCUAGAUCAUGACGAUAUGCUAAAACUUGCCCACACUGCCUCAUGUGGUCUGGCCCAUUUACAUACUGAAGUGUUUGGGACCAAAGGGAAAGCUGCUAUGGCACAUAGAGACAUCAAAAGUAAAAAUAUUCUUGUGAAGAAGGAUGGCAGCUGUUGUAUAGCUGAUUUAGGACUUGCUGUUAGAUAUAUAAGUGAGACCAAUGAAGUGGACGUAGCCCCUAACUCGCGUUCUGGCACAAAGCGUUACAUGGCUCCAGAGGUACUUGAUGAGACCAUGAACAAGACACACUUUGACUCCUACAGACAGGCAGACAUGUAUUCAUUUGGUCUAGUGUUAUGGGAGAUUGCCAGACGUUGUGUCUCUAAUGGUAUUGUUGAGGAGCAUCAAGUCCCUUACUAUGAUUGUGUACUCAAUGACCCUAGUUUUGAUGAAAUGAGGAAGAUUGUGUGUGUGGAAAAAAUAAGACCAGCUAUUCCAAACAGAUGGUCUUCUGAUGAGUACUUACGGACAAUGUCCCGAGUGAUGCAGGAAUGUUGGGCACACAAUGCAGCAGCUAGACUCACAGCGCUUCGUGUGAAAAAGACUCUUGGUAGACUUAAUGAGCAGCUUCAGAAAUCAACAAAGUCUGACAGCUAGAACUGUGUGUAAACCUCCUAGAGGAUCUGCAAUCUUCCAAUCAAAACUAGCCAUACUGAUGAAGAGACUGCCAUACACAUUUCUUAAUAACUCUCGGAGAUGGAGUCAGGGUAGCAUAUUGACUGGCCCAGUGUUAUCUUCCAGUUCUUGUUCCAUUCAGUGCUUGUGAGUAGACAUCUACGAUCCAAAUGCUAUAUAAAUUUUCACAAUCCAUCAACGUCAUAAAAAUUGAAGAGUGAAUUUAAUUUCACAUGAUCCAACUGUGCAUGUGUUUGUGCAUGAAUGAUGGGUUAAAAAUUUGUGAAUCAAUAUACUUUUAUAACGUUCUGCUGUUCAUUCAGCUUAGGCCUUAAUAUGUUAAAAAAAAAAAAUUCCAAAAAAGUGCAGUACAGUUUUAGUACCAAAAAGUGUAAAAACAGUAAACAGUACAUGUAAGCAUUAUAUUUAUCAUAGUUGUUGCUAAUGUUGACAUGAAAUGGACCAGAAAAAUCAAAAUGGCUUUUAAGUAUCAUAUCCAGUGCUACUGCAGUAUCGAAAUAUUUUUUAAUAUUGGAGUCUUUAUAGCAUUGCAAUGCCUUCGAUAGAAGUUUCUCAAUAGUUUUACAUCAACUUCAAAAAAAGGAUUGCAUAGAUAUGGUAAAGAAUAAAAAUCUUCCAAUUUACAAAACAGAUAAUGGUUAUAAUGAUGCUGUAAUGGUGUUGCCUGAAAUGGAAUAUAAACUGAUGAUUUAUUUUGUUGCAUGUUAAUUUCUUUGGAUUUUUAUUUUUUAAAGACAUUUUUAGCUCUCAGUUCACAUGCUGUAUAGAUGUACUUAGGGAGAAACAACUUCAAUCAUUAUGUUGUUUAUGGAGACAUGGCAAAUUCUGAAAUGGCGACAGAGUUAUGUAAAUAUACAACAGAGUAUUAACUAUAAUUUAUCUUUGAUCUGACCUAAAAAAAAGUGAUACUGUAUCCAUAUUGUUAAAUGUUUUGAUAGUGCUAUUUGUGUGUAUGUUUUUUAUUGUCUAUCAUUACAUUCAUGACCAUAUAUGUAUAUCAUUUACACAAGUAAAUGGCCAAUUAUAGUUAGGCUAUUCAUUUCAAAUUGAAUAUUUCAUUACAAAAAAGCAGUUUGGGUCUGAUUUUAAUGUUAUUGGAGAUGAUCAUGGUGAUGCCCUAGCUCCAAUAAUGUAUGAUGGAAAUUAUGAUUGAGUAUAGCUACAGACAGAAUCAAAGGUAACUUUGGGGACAGGGUCACACCAUGUCAUCAUUUUCUUGUCCAGAUUCUGUAUUCAAGUGCUAAUUCUUAUUCUGGUGGAUUGACAUUUUCUAAAGCUGAAUAAUGUCAACUGCUUGAUAAGAUGAUAUCCAUUUUUGAAAAAACUUCUCGCAGUUUGUGUUCAUAUUAACCAAACAUUUAUCUAUAAAAUCACUUACAAUGAGAGGUCAGUUCUCUUGUUUUAUAUCCUGACUGAAUCAAACUACUUAGCAUGUUAGGGGGAAUUGACUUGAAAAUAGAACUUAAACAAAUGAAUGAUUUCCAGAAAAGGGAACAAGGGUGUUAGUGCAUUACAUCUUAUUUCACUUCAAAUCUUACAUUACUUGGAAACAAUAAUUUGUACUAUUUAUUGAAAUAGAUUAGAGAUAAGGAUCUGAAGUAAAGGUCUGAAAGAAGUUUUUUGUCUAUAAAUUAUAUUUUUUUAAAGAAAGUAUUUUUUUUUUUUGUGUCUUGCUCGCUUAUGUUGUACAUCAGUAGCAGAAGUUAGAUAUUGAUACCAGUGAUUUUUAACGUCUCAAUAUAACAUUACUGAAAUAUAUUACUGUCAUCAUUUAACAAAUGUUUAACUCUUGAUCAAUUAAAGGAUAUGGAACACGAUUUUGAAUGCUCAAUAUCUCAAUUUGCUUUUAACAGAUGAAUGUCAAACUUGAUAUGAAGGGCUGAUGAUAGCAUUUUUCUGACUGCAAUUUAGAGAGUUAUGGCCCUUUGUUCAAUUAUCAAAACAGUUUCUGCUCUAUAUCUUAAUAAUUUUCAACAGAUCAACUUCGCACUUAAUAGGGAUGUUUUUUACCAUUAUAAUUUCGACAAGCUAAAUAACUGCAUUAUGCAGCUGGUAAUGCACAGAGUUAUUGCCCAUUAUUUCAAUUACCUAAACAGUGUUGGCUUGGUAUCUCCAGUAGAUUCCAAUGGAUAAUCUUCAAAAUUAUUUGCCAGCUACUUAUUGAGUGAUGGCCUGUUUUAAAUUGAUAGAACAAUAACCUGAGUAUUUUUCACAAAUCAUCUUGAAUUGUUAACACCAUUGACAUGCGGUGGUUUACUCCAAAUUCCUCCAGCAGUACACAAAUGGCACUGUCUGUAAAUGACCUUGAUGUGUUGAUCAGACAUUAAACUUUCCUUUUGUUUGCUGUUACAAAAUGCUCAUUCAAUCUAUGGCGAUGUAUUAUGUACCACCUCACGGAACUCUUGUUACAAUCUUAUUCUUUUGUUCAAACUUUUUACUACUUUUUAUUUUCACGUAUCACAAGAAUUGAUCUCUAUGAUUUAAUGAUGAAUGAAAAAUCCAUUUACUGUUUAAAGAACAUGAAACUAAGCUAUGUUUGGCUGAUCAAUGGCUAUAUGUACAAGUAUUGUAGAAGCUGAAUAUCAACAGGAGGGCACCAGUGAUGUCACAGGUCCAUCAGCCUCGUUAUAAUCAUAUUCAGAACACACAGCUAUCGGGUGCCUUAUCUCUUAGGUCAGUCAGUUUGGCAUGGGGAGGGGUGGUGUCUUGUGAACUACAGGAACCAUAGCAUUAUAUUAGCUUAAAAUAUGAAAUUGUGAAAAAUCGUGUCCUGUGUUCUUUAACAUACUUCAUCUAUUUCUGAACAGACUAUUUGUAAACUGCUGUACUUUAGAUAAAAGAUAUAAUUUUCUACAAGUUUAGAGCCUCCCAUCAUUUUUCAUCAUGUGUGCAUUAAGUCUUUAAUUUAGGAUUUAGGCUUAUUUUUUAGUUUUUAGAUUUGGGGUUGUUUUUUUUUCUCAAGUCUUAGUGUAUAGAGAAAAUAUGUUGAAGAAAUCAUUUCAUUUUCAUUUUUUUUUCAU